GGCUCCCGAGUGGCACAGCGGUCUAAGGCGCUGCAUCUCAGUGCUCGAGGCAUCACUACAGACACCCUGGUUCUGUACAGACACCCGGACACCCUGGUGAUUGUCCGGACUACACAGUGUGUUUGGUGGCACCUAACCAUUCUGAUAGCUCCUCUGGUAAAGUACCUGAAGGGUGUUGACAACGGGCCUGUUUCAAACGAGGGGACCAACAAGCAUACAGAGCUGACCACACCUGACACACAGUGUAUGGAGCAGUGUGAGAGCGCUGCUGCUCUCCUGGAGUCAGUGAGGGAGCAGGAGGUGCAGUUUGAGCAGCUGACCAGAGCCCUGGAGGAGGAGAGGAGGAGAGUACGCCUCACCAGCCCUCCGUCCCACACCCUCCCCCACACACAGAACGGGCGCCUGGGGGAGGCAGACAUCGAACGACUGAAACUGAGUGAGGGAUACAUCAACGGGACACAGUACAGGAUGGUGGACCCAGUGCAUGGCGUUUUAGACGAGAGCUGCACACCGGAAGAUGAUUCACAGGAAGUACAGUCUGUCUUCUCAGACGAUGGAACCAAUGGACGGCGGGCAGGGAACGCGAUGAAGAAGGUGAUCACCUCGCGUACCGUCCUGCCCUCUGAGUCGAUGUCCAUCGACGGAGGACUGUCCGUCUCGGGUAUGGGUGGUUACAGUGCCACUCUGGACCGUCCCUACAGGCAGGCUGGAGGGGGGGACCACCCCACAGCCACGGUCCCCAGGAACUACCACUACGGCCCCGCGGGGGGGUACGACGACUACAGGAGCGCCCCGCCCUCCGAGGCCUACGCCAGCCUGAGCAGAGGCACACGCAUGGACGACCGCUACAGACCUGCGGAUGGGUACAGGACCCUGGACUCUGGCUACCGCGCCCCCAGCAGACAACAGCUGGACCCCUACGCAGCCCAGCCCCAGGUGGGGCGAGGGGUGAGGGGUGUGGGCAGUGCCCUGGAGCUGGGGUGCAUUCGCUACGCCCACCAGGCCCACUUUGGCGUGGAGGAUGACCAGAGGAGUCUGGGAUAUGAUGACAUGGAAUACAGUAUGGCUCCUCCUCCCAUGCACCCAGGGUACGGCACCAUGCCACGACUAGGACCAGGCCCUGGAGGACUGGACAGACGCAGGCUCCGGAGUUGCGAGGACACUUUGGACGGGGACAUGGGAGGAGUCGACCCCUACACCUGGGGUGUCAACAUGGCGAUGGAGAGGGGAAGCAUGGCGUCAUUGGACAGCACCCUGAGGAAGGGCCCGCCCGCUUCCUGGAGACAACCAGAACUUCCGGAGGUCAUCGCCAUGUUGAACUACCGACUGGACCCGGUCAAAACCAACGCCGCUGCCUUCCUCCAGCACCUCACCUUCAAGAACGACAAGGUGAAGUCGGAGGUGCGUCGUUUAAAGGGGAUCCCCGCUCUGGUCUCGUUGCUGGACAACCCCAAGAAGGACGUGCACCACUCGGCCUGCGGGGCACUCAAGAACAUCUCAUACGGACGAGACCACGACAACAAGAUCGCCAUCAAGAACUGUGACGGCAUCCCAGCCCUAGUCAGGCUACUGAGGAAGGCCAGAGAGCAGGACCUCACAGACACCAUUACAGGCACAUUGUGGAACCUAUCGUCUCACGACUCGGUGAAGAUGGAGAUCGUGGACCACGCGUUACACGCCCUCUCUGACGAGGUGAUGGUGCCGCACUCUGGCUGGGAGAGAGGGCGUGACGGAGGAGAGGAGAGCCUCAAACCACGCCACCUGGAGUGGGAGACGGCCCUCACCAACACAGCUGGCUGUCUGAGGAACGUGAGCUCAGAACGUAGCGAGGCCAGGCGGAAGCUGAGAGAGUGCACGGGAUUGGUGGACUCGCUCAUGUACAUUGUCCAAUCACAGAUCAACCGCAAAGAUGUGGACAACAAGUUGGUGGAGAACAGUGUGUGUCUGCUGAGAAAUCUGUCCUAUCAGGUUCACCGGGAGGUUCCUGGUUGCGAGCGCUACCUGGAGGCCGUGCCCCUAAACCAGGGCCCUGUCCCCGGAUCCAACAAGGCCAGCUGCUUCGGCUCACGGAAGGGCAAAGAUGAGUGGUUUUCCACAGGUAAGAAAGAUGCGGAUGACGGGAGUGCGGACCAGGUUGAUAUCCCAAAGAGGACGACGCCUGCCAAAGGCUAUGAGCUGCUGUUCCAGCCUGAGGUGGUGCGUGUCUACACUUCCCUGCUGAGAGAGAGCAAGAACCCCUCUGUCCUGGAGGCAGCAGCCGGGGCCAUACAGAACCUGUGUGCCGGACGCUGGACAUAUGGCCGGUAUAUCCGGGCCACGGUACGUCUGGAGAAGGGCCUACCUAUGAUGGCAGAGUUACUGGCUCAUGGUAACGACCGUGUGGUCAGAGCCAUGUCUGGGGCCCUGAGGAACCUGGCCAUCGACAACCGCAACCGCGAGCUGCUCGGGAAGCACGCUGUGCCCCACCUGGUGGCAGACCUGCCGGGUGGCCAGAGCCAGUCUGCACGACCUCUAUCUGAGGAGACGGUGGUGUCUGUACUGAGCACGCUCACUGAGGUGCUGGGCAACAGCCUGGAGGCUGCCAAGACCCUCAGGGCUUCCCAAGGCAUCGAGAGACUUGUGCUCAUCAAUAAGGAUGGUAAACGGUCCGAGCGGGAGGUGCGCGGGGCAGGCCAGGUGUUACAGCUGGUGUGGGGGCACAAGGAUCUGCGGCGCCCCCUGGAGAAGGACGGCUGGAAGAAGACUGACUUCAUGGUGAACCUCAACACAUCCGCCAACGGCCCCGCCACACGCACCAACGGGACCUACGAGAAAACUACCAUGCCAAUGCUAGACAAAGGGGCGAAGAGAGACAUGAUUCCACUGAAUGACUUAGGCCCUGAAGCCUACUCUACACUGGACCAGCGGGAGAGGAGACACUCUCUGGACAACUCCCUCGACGCCACAGACACUUUACAGCGUGGGGUGUAUGGGGGCAGAAAGGGUUCCCUGCCUCUGUUGGACUCCUACGAUGAAGAACUGAUGGUGUGCAUUACCCAGGGUGCCCCAGCCCUGCCACUGCUGAGCAGAGAACACUAGAGGUCCACACACUCGCUCUCUCUCGCUCUCUCAUCCCCCUCUUUCUCUCCUUCCAUCGCAAGGCUAUGUGGUUAUGAAGAAUGAGGGUUGGCAUCCAAAGAAAGCAGUUGUGUUGCAAUCAGAGUGAUAUUUAGCACUCAAACUGAACACACACACACACACACACACCCAUAGUAGCGUCAGAAAUAUAUUCCCUGUUAUUUAAAUUAUAUUGAUAUUCCCUUUCUCAAGGCAAUCGUCUUUGUUUGACAAUCAUUGUUUAUUUCUGUUUUAUGGUUACUUACAUCCAACAUUUGUCUCAAUGAGUGUUUCCUGUCGUUUGUUAGAAUCCUCAUACUCAUCCAAGUGUUUUGUUAUUUUCAUCGUCGUGAAUCAGAUUACUGCCAUCUGCAUCCUGAGAUGAAUGUAUUUUUAAUAUCUGUAGGGUAUGUGUAUAUAAAAAGAGGGAAUGUUUUGAUUGGGGAGGAAGGUGUCUAUGCCUUUUUUAAGGUUGAUUUUAAUUUAAGUGGUGCCCAGAUUGGGAUUGGUGAGUGGAAAGGUCAUGUGUGGCUGCUGGACCAAUGGGGCUCGGUCCUCAUAGGUUCAGGAUGUUUGUAUAGGAGUUAUUUUCACCUUUUCUAGGUAUAUUACAGGCUGGUUGGUUUUGGGGCAGUUGGGAGAGCGUGUGAGGCCGGUGUGUAAGUGAGUGUCAUACAGGAGACUGUGUGUGUGUGUGGUUUUGUUUAACAAACAACCCAUAUGAGCCUGUUUUUAUUUUUAAGGACUUCAUAUUGUGUGCUUUCAUGUUUUUUCUACUCCUUUUGAAAAAUAUAUUUUUGUUGUUGUUGUCUCGGUUCUUUUAGAUGUACCAACUGCCUCUUUCUUUUGUUGUGAUACCUUUUUAUUUCAUAUUUUUUUGGAACCCUCCUGAGUCUGUAUGUGGUUAACAAUAGCUGUGAGAGUGCGAUCUCAUACACCUAUUGGAGUGUGGGUUUUGCUGCUGCUGUGCCGGUAGCUGGAAUACUACUGUUCACACACUGUUAACAAGCACCACAGCUCUUAGUCCUACAUUUGCUCAUACGCUCGGUAACAUUCCAACACUAAACUAUAACACUAGGGAUGCAUUCCCCACACUAUUAUACAGAAACCCACUACAGACCUGGGGCCUGUUCCCUAGGAUGGAUUGUUUGGAAUGCUUCCAUUAUCAAUCUUUUGCUUAGAGCUGGCAGAUUCUUGAUUCCGCAUGUUAAACAUUAAUCGUCUGUUCUAUCAGCAAUGCUCUGAACCUCCUACACCACUAAUGAUGACACUAGUUCAGUCAGUACUUGCUGUUACACUAGCCAGAACAAUGUGCUGUACGUAUGGACCCAAAAGGCAUUGGUUGAGAAAGGGGUUGGUUUUCUGUAGAAAUUACACUUAUGUUUUGGGAGAAUUGGAUUCUUCAGAGGUGACUAAAGUAUAAACAGACGGUAGGACCAGACUUGAGCAUAGACUAGGGGGAAAAAUGAAAAGCACAUUUUGGGAGCUUUUGUUUUUUUAUACUUUGACUUUUCAUUUUGUGUCCGUGUUUUGCGUUUUUAAUAUUGGUUUCUGAUUUGGGAAUGGUUGGGAGUGGUGGGUGAAGCAUUAUGCAAUCUCUAUUAUACUUUUUUUUUAUUCUGCUUUUGCAACUUUUCUUUAAUGGCAAAGGAGACUACUCAUCUUUUUUGUUUAUUUUUUAUAUUGUUACCAUGUGUCAUUUCUCUGUAGCAUUGCCUAUUCAUGUACAAUUAUGAUGAACUUGCCUUGGCUCUGAAAAGUUUCAUUUUCUUCAGUAAGAGUAUGUAACUGACAAUGCUGUUUUUAUAAAAUAAAGAUCUUUUCUCAGACCAGA